AUGAAGCUAGGGCUAGUGAUCUUAUGUAUUGGAAUAUUCUUAGGGAAUGUAUUUGCACUGGGUGAAGGUGAAACUGAAAUAAACAAAGAAUCAGGACAAAGUGACCAGGGAAUUAGUGAAGUAGGGUCUGAUAUAAAUAUUACUUUUGAUGAAUUAUCCAUAAGUGAAGUAGAAACACCUAUUCUGACUGAAGAGAGCAGUGAAGACAAGAAGAUCAAGCAUGCUGAGAGUCUAGCAAGAAUGAAGGCAAUUGCAAAACUAACAAACAUGGACCUGGAUGUAGAUGGAAUCUUUGAAAAGAUUGGUAAACACACUCUAACAGAGGAAGAAUCCAAGUUAAUCUACAAGGUUGAUGAAGAUAUUGAAAGAAUGGGUAUUCCUGAGGAUUCUGUUGUCUUAAAGACUAUUUACACUGUACUCUUACAGGAAGAGAAAUCAUCUGGAAAGAAAGUAGCAACAAAACUUGUACUAGGAAUGUACAUCUAUGAGAAGAAACAAGAGAAUCCAUUACUAAGGAAGACACCACAGAUUCGUGUCUUUAACAUUAAUGAAUAA